AUGUUUACCUCUCGCGAUUCUCCAGCAUCUUCAUCACUGGUAAUCUUUCCCAACUACCAGCCUGAUAUUCCACUACGGUCCAUGUCGGAGAAGUUCCAGGCUGAAAAGCCUAACCAGCACUAUUUGCUGAACUUGGACAAUUUGAACCAGACGAAUAAUGCCGUGCACUUGUCGAGACUUCCGACGUUGGGUGAAAUCCUUUCAAAUAAGACGAGGUCGCCUGUUAACUUGUACACGUUUUACUUGUACAUGCAAUAUAUUGAAAAUAACGUUGACCUUUUGGACUUUUGGUUUGACCUUAUUUCUCAUUUGAACCUUUGCAAGCACUAUGUCAAGGGUCUUCGAGAAUCCAUCGUGAGAAGCUCUAACCACUAUGCUAGUGGGACGCCUUUCAUGGGCCACGACCAGAGUCCUCGGAAUCUGGGAGCUGGAAGCCCUCAAAGAGACUCCUUUCCAUUGACUGAAGGUAGCAAACAUAAAUCUGUUUCGCUGUCGAUGCUUUUGGACCUUAUUAUAAAUGAUCAUAUUUUGGAGGACAACGACUCCAACAGACUUUCUCAGUUUCUUCGAGGUGAAAUCAACUUGAACGAUGUGGAUCCCAAGAUUAGGGAACUUAUUGAUAAAUAUCAGGACGACGGUGGCGUCGACCCACCUUCUCCCAUUGUCGAUAACGCUCUGUAUGGAAGCCCAGGGUUCCCCGAUAAAAGAGUAUCUUCGAACUCUAAACUCCUAGACGAUUCUUUCGAUCAGAGCAACACUUCUAUUGGCUACGCCCAGCUGCCACAACAAGGAACUACUCAAAUGCAUCAUGGAAAGACUUAUGCUUCACUCAGACGUUCCUCGAUCAAUCCAUCUUUGCUCGAAAAGAUCAUAAGAGACUCCAAGCACAGUUCAGGUUCCUUCAUCACGCGUAAUAACUUGAGGGAAUCAUCUCACAACUUGUUGCUUAAAUAUUUUGUUGAAGAUUCUGAGAAGAACCUUAAUCUUCCUACGAAACUCAACAACUACAUCAUUAACGCUAUCGAAGUCGAGGGCAGAGACGAUCCAGAUGUGUUCAAUGCUGUGAAGAGAUACGUCUUCAAUGUCAUUGAGAGCCACUACUUGCCUAACUUCCUUAACUUCGUGGCCAUCAAGAACGUGAACCGGACCAUCAAUGCUCGUAUUAUUAUCGGCUUCUUUUUCAUUUUUGCAUCUUUCUGGAUCGCUUUCACCUUAAUCUUCUUGGACUUAUCCAAGGGCUACCGUGCCGUGAUCGUUGUUUCGUUCCUCAUUGGCUUCUAUUGCCUUGUUUCUUCGGUAUACAGACUUGAUCCGCUACUAGCGUUGGCGGGUUUCAGUGAGUCUUUCAUACCGAAGCAGUCAUUCAUCAAGGUUCACGAUCGCUUCAUCUACAGACUUCUUCUUAAGAGAUCUUUAUGGGUGCUGGCGCUUAUUCUUUUGUUCACUGCCAUUCUCACCAUCGUCUUCUGUCUUGUGCCGGGAAGACGACUUUAA